AUGGUUCACUACAAACUCACCUACUUUGAUGGUCGCGGUGCUGCAGAAAUCAUACGUCAGUCACCUGAACUAACAAAUCACUCAUCGGUUUUUGUCCUUGCUGGUCAAGACUUUGAGGAUGUUCGGCUUACACAAGAAGAGUGGCCGAAGCAUAAGGCUGAAAUGCCAUUUGGCCAAGUGCCAGUGCUGGAGGUUGACGGUCAGCAGCUCGCACAGUCGUUUGCAAUUGUCCGUUUCCUCUCCAGAAAGUUUGGAUUUGCUGGCAAAACUCCGUUUGAGGAGGCUCUCGUAGACUCGAUUGCCGAUCAGUGGAAGGAUUUUAUGAAAGAAAUCCAACCAAUGGUAAAGGUCGCCCUGGGUUUUGAAGAAGGGGAUUUGGACAAACUAACCAAGGAAAUUUUCCUUCCGGCUCGCGACAAGUUUUUUGGAUAUAUGACAAAGUUCCUUAAGAAGAACAAGUCAGGCUAUCUCGUUGGAGAUUCACUUACCUUUGCUGAUCUAUAUCUCGCUGAGUACUUUUCUGAAUUUGCCAAAAAGAUCCCAGGACUUUUUGAUGGGUUCCCAGAGAUGAAAGCUCAUGCCGAAAAGGUUCGUUCGAAUCCCAUCUUAAAGAAGUGGAUUGAAACUCGACCACAAACUAAGUUCUGA